CUUUCUUGUAGAGUUGACUCUCUUUACCAUAAAAUAGACAGCAUGGCAUGAAAACACUAGAAAACAUGUAAACAAUACAGACAGAGUUGUGUGGCUGUAGAGAUGUCUUACGUGGAGCGACAAGAAGAUGAGGUUGAGUUCCUGUGUGCUGUCUUUCCUGGAGAUUGUCAGGACUUGAGAGUCAAUGAUAAAUGGAAGGUCGACCGUCCUGCUGAGUUCAUGCUGACCCUAGUGCCCCAGAAGAGUAUGGGUGGGUCUGCUCUCAACAAGAGACCACUCUCAGUUAAACUGCACACAAAGUACACUACAGACUAUCCUGAUAGUGCCCCUCUGCUGAGUUUGGAGGACUCCUACGGACUCAGUCCUGAUCAGGUGAAGGAGCUACAGGACACCAUCAACAAAAUGGCCGCAGACAGAGUGGGGGAGGUGAUGAUGUUGGACAUUGCUCAGACAGUACAGGAGUUCUUGCAUCGCCACGAGGGGCCUCAGGUGUCUCUGUAUGAGGAGAUGUUGCUACGGCAACACGAGCGGGAGAAAGUGGAGCGUAUGGCAAUGGAGGCAGAGAGAGAAGCCACUCGGAUACGAGAGGAAGAAGAGCAUCAGCGUAUUGCCGAGGAGAUUGAACAGAGGAAGGCGGAGCUACAGCUCUCUGACAAUGAUUCAGAGGUUUCAGUUGAGAACAGUCGCUCCUCCCCCCCUCCCGUGAUGGACAGUCCUAGGGCUUCUACCCCACAGAGAGCUAGAGGACCCCCCACACCAGUCAAGACUGCUAAGCCAGAGAGGGAGCAGAUACACAAAGGAAGGCUGUUAGGUGAUAGUGUGUCUGGUGGCUGCAGUGUGUUUGUUGGUAUGAGCAGUGGACCUGGUGACCUGUUAGCAGUGUACGAGUGGACCCUCCAGUGUCGGGCCGUACGAAGGUCAGAGUCUAAGAGGAUCAAACAGGUAGCGUCAAUUCAAAUGGAGUUUGACAACUUUCAGUCACGAGGAAUACAGCACCCAAACCUAGUCCAAUAUCUCGGGAUGAGCCAUGUCUACUCUGAAUCGACCAAUCAAAUCACGGUUGAGGUUGUCAUGGAGUAUGUGGGCGGGGGCAGUGUAUGUAGUUGGUUGAGGAACCCCGACUGCGGACCAAUCAAAGGAGAGACUCACCGUCACUACAGCAAGCAGCUGUUAGAGGCUCUCAGCUACCUGCACGGUCAGGGGAUUGUUCACAAUGACCUCAGACCCUCCUUGGUGUUUUUUGAGACGGGGGGAUCCAUUAAACUGGGAGGUCAUGGCAUUGUUAAAAGGUUAUCUGACUUGGCCAAGGCUAUGACAAUGCCCCGCCCACUUUCCACGGAGGUGCAAGGGGUGUGGUCAAUGGGCGGAGGAGGCAAGAAGGGAGAUGUCCUAAGACUGGGUAUCCUACUCUUGUGCAUGGCUGCUGGUAGACUGGACGUUGGCUACCCCCCAACCAUCCCGCAUGAUCUCUCAGACUCACUGAAAGACUUCCUAUUAAAGUGUACAGACUCCAAUGAGCAACUUCGCUUCCCGGCAUACGAGUUACUGCAUCAUCCAUACAUCUUGCCUGCCCUCCACUCCUCACACACCUUCACUACCUCCACACCCCGCGACACACACCUCACAACAGCUGUCGCGGCUAACCCCUUGCCAACAGAGAUGAGAUUCCAGCGCAGUGACUCCAUUGUCGGCUCUCCAACACGAGCUUGUUAUCUCGGGCGGUCGCGAUUGGAAACAGAAUUUGAGGAGUUGGAGAAUCUUGGCAGUGGAGGUUUCGGGGACGUGUUUAAGGUUCGUAACCAUCUCGAUGGUCGAUUAUACGCCCUCAAGAAGAUAGUGAUGCGUAGUGACAGUCGAAUGAUGACACGUAUCACUCGUGAGGUGGAGAUGCUCUCUCAAAUGAACCAUGAAAAUGUGGUCAGAUACUACAAUGCAUGGAUUGAGACUUUUUCAGAGGAGCAGUUCAAGAAGAAUAGCGGUGUAGAUCUAUCCAUCCAAUCAGAUUUGAGCUUUAGUGGGUCAGGUGACGAGACCAGUGAGUCAUGUGACAGUGACUUGGAGAGUGAAGAAGAAUUGAGUGGGCAUGAUAGUACGGGUGAUUCUGAGGUGGUGUUUAUGGAAGGGUUCUCUGAUAGCUCUGGUGAGGGUGCCAAUGUUCUGGAUGAUCUCGAGUCUCAGGUUAUGAAGGCAACACCGUUCAGACUCAGGCUAUCUACCAACGAAUCAUCUGAUACUGUGAUAUUUGCCGAGUCCAGUUUGGCAAUGGGAGGAGUUUCAUUCACCCAUCCCAUCCCCAUUAAGAAGUCUGAUAAAAGGAGAGAAAAGAGAAAAGAAUCUUCAAACGGAGAAGUGCAGAUCCUCUAUAUUCAGAUGGAGUAUUGUGAGAAUGAGACUCUUCGUCAGUUGAUAGACGCAGGCCAGCUGCACAGUGACAAGGGGCUAGUGUGGCGACUGUUCAGGGAACUGGUGGAAGGACUAGAGCACAUACACUCUAAGGGCAUGAUUCAUCGUGAUUUAAAGCCUGGUAACAUCUUUCUGAACUCAUCAGGGCACAUAAAGGUUGGUGACUUUGGACUGGCCACCUCCCACAAGAGCAGUGGUCACAGGAAUAAUGCUAACACUUUUCUGGAUAUUUCUGAGAUGACUCAAGGGGAGACUGGUCUGGUUGGUACUGCCAUGUACUUGUCUCCGGAGAUGCUCAGACCAAUAGUCAAGUACUCACAGAAAGUGGACAUCUAUAGUUUGGGUAUCAUCUUCUUUGAGAUGUGCCACGCCCCCUUAGCAACGGCCAUGGAGCGUCACAAAGUGUUGGUGGCUCUCAGACGACGAGAGAUUGUUAUCCCUGACAGUAUGGAUAGAGACGAAAUGGAGAAACAGAUCGAGGUGAUUCGCUGGCUGCUCAGUCACAAUCCUCACGACCGUCCCACUUCAAAACAGCUCCUACAAAGUCCACUGCUACCACUCAAAAUGGAAGAUGAAGAACUACAAGAGGUCCUGCUGCGCACGUUACAAGCUCCAAACUCGACCCGUUACAAGCACAUGAUUGACGAGCUCUUCACACAAGAGAGGUCAUUAGCUCAAGAGUACUCGUACUUUAUGGACCCUCCGGACGCUAAGAGAGGCUCACAACCGACCAAGAAGAAUAAGUUCUCAUUUUUUUACACGCUCCUCCAAAAAACGGUCAACUCUCGUCUGGAGUCCAUAUUUGCUCGUCAUGGAGCCACACCCCUUACCCCACCCCUCUUGGCUCCAUUGAGAGGGGGGCUCUACGAUAAGACCUGUCGACCCUCCCAGUUUAUAGACAGGAGUGGGCGAUUGGUGCAUCUACCCCCAAACCUGAGGGUCCCCUUUGCACGCUUUGUGGUCCAACAGGGGAUCAGUUACCUCAAGAGGUACAGCAUAGCGUGCGUGUACAGGGAGAGUAGAGUCCUCGGCUUCCAUCCUAGGGAACACAUCGAGUGUCAGUUUGAUAUCGUGUCUCCUUCUCAAGACAGCCUAGUCCCAGAUGCUGAGGUCAUGUGUGUUGUGUCAGAGGUCAUCUCAGAGCUACCUGGCCUUCAAGAGGUGCAAUAUAACCUGGUCAUAGGUCACACCUCUCUACUGGCGUCCAUUUUAUCCCACUGCUCUAUCCCCGUCGAGCGUCAUCACGAACUAUGGCCACUACUGCACAAAGUCACUAGUGGCUCGGAGAAGUUUUCAGAACUGGAGAAGCUGCUCAAAGACAAGCAAAUCCCUCUCUCACCAUUAGCUUCCAAGACCCUCCAGCGAUGGUUGGGUUGUGAGGUGGCAAUAGAUUCAGAGGAGAGGGUCUCGCUGUUGGAGCCAUUGUCACGUGACAAGUCCCCGGGUGUGAGGUCAAAAUUCAGCGAAGCCUGGCAGGAAGUGACGACAGUGGUAGAUCAACUCAGACAGUUUGGAGCGAAGGACAAUGUGUUGGUGUCCCCCGGGCUCUGUCCCAGUCACUACUCUCACUUCAGUGGACUCGUGUUCCAAGUCAUGGAGACUCUCAGUGGCUCUCGUAAGAACAAACGACGAGUACCCCUGGCCACUGGCGGAAGAUACAAUCGUUUGCUAAAUGAGUUUCGGUCCUCUGGUAAACAGUCGGUACGUCCGAGUGUGUCAGUGGUGGGUGUGUCUAUAGCCUGGGACAUCCUCAUGACACGAGCACUAGGAGCCUAUCAGCACGGAGCUCUCCCCUCGCUGACGAAGUGUUCUGUUCUUGUGUGCUGGUUAGGACGUGAGUCCUUACAGCGAGAGUGUUCACAGCUAGUACGUGACCUUUGGACCCAGGGGAUAGCGGCAGACCUCCUCUAUGAGAGCCUGGAGUUGGACAAUGUUGAGGAUAUUCAAGACUUUUGUCGGAGGCAGUUUAUUCAGCACAUUGUGUUGCUCACUGACAGAACGCUCUACUUUGAGAGGAAACAGGUGAAGGUUCGUAGUCUAGAGAGUGGUAAGGUGACAGAGAGACUGCUCACAACGAGUGAACUGGGCGACUAUCUCUCUCAGAGACAGGCCUCCUUGGAGAGGGCAGACUCCAUCGAGUUGAGGGAAUCAGCAAGGAGCCUAAGCUCAUCGGACAGUCAAAGCAACCUCCUUCCCCCAAUCAACGUGAAUAUUGUGGCCACGGGGAAACUUACAGGCCACAUGAAGCGGAGGUAUCACGACCAGGCCGUGUCCAAGUUGAUUCCCCUGAUUCAGACCUUCUCCUCCAAACAACCGCUCGAAGUAUUGGCAGUGGACCUCAAAACUGAACAUCUCAGUCUACUGGCUGCUGAAUCUAAUAGGUACCGUAUUUGUCCCUUAUUGGAGGGUCCUUUAUCAGAACAUAAACAAAGAAUUAACUCACAGAAAUUGAUGGGCUCCAAUGAACAAGAUUUUUCACCAGUUGUCAAGUCGAUUUGUGAAAGAUAUGCUGACAUCAGCAAGAAGUAUAUCAUCAGGGUGUGCGAGUCCAUCAAAGAACUACUCAAGGGCAGGAGAAAAGCUCCGAUGUUGUUCCUGUACAGUCACUCGGCUGAAAUCUGUCAAAUCGUACUCAACAAUCUCGACUCUCUCUCCUCGAGCUAACCCCACGCAGCCGUUUGACAGCUAGUGUGUGUGUGUGUGUCUGCCCAUUCCUGAUCACUCACCCAGUGCAGUUAUUUUUGGACUAUAAUAAUUAUUAUAUGAAGCCACCAAACAGUCAAAAUUAGUGACAGUAUUAUUAAUUUUGCCCAUUGUCUAUUGUGUUAAUGGCACCAUAAAUGAAUCGAUGCCACAACAUAAUUAUUAUUAACGUA